CCUGGUUUUUAUUUCCUCUUCAACGAGUGGCUCAUAUAUUUUUGACUUUGAGUUCUGAGCUGUAUUUGUUUGAAAGCAGCACAUGAAGCAGCUCAGCUAGUGGAUAACUGCUUGUAUACUGCUCUGCAUUUAAACAAUGAUGGCAUGGCUCCAAUUCUGUGUCCUUUUCCUGGUGGCUCCAAUUGGGUACAGUCAGAAUCCAGGUCCUCGUGGUCCCAAAGGAGACAGUGGACCUCCUGGACCAGCUGGUCCACCUGGAAUACCAGGACCACCAGGUCAAAAAGGAGAUACUGGACUUAUUGGACCACAUGGAAUUCCUGGACCACCUGGAGUAACCGGAUUUAUAGGACCACCUGGCUUUCCUGGACCAUCUGGAAAAGAUUCUGACUGCAGAACAGAGCUCUUUGGUUACAUAGACCAGGACCUUCAAACCAUUAGAGGCCUAAAGGAAACAAUAACCAAGUUAGAGCUGGUUAUAAACUACGAUUUUGCCCGAGGAGUUGAUGAAAAAUAUUUCGUGUCCAACAAGGAAAGAGGCUCUUUCUUCCAAGCUGUUGAGUUCUGCUCCCAGCGAGGAUUAGAGCUGGCUUUGCCCCAGAGUGACAAAGAGAAUCGCUUACUCACUUAAGUGUUUGAAAGCAGUCCUAAAACAGUCUGGAUUAAUGUCAGCAAUAGAAAAGCAGAGGGAAACUUUGGAGCUGAUAUGAAAAACCGACCUCUGACCUUUACCAGCUGGGCAGAAGGGCAGCCAGACAAAUCCAUCCAGGAUCCAGGCUGCACCACGCUGUCAGAAGACGGUGUUUGGAGAGUGACAAGUGAAUGCUUACAUUGUUUGUCAGUUAUAGAAAUGCCUUUGAUGACAUGAAGUAAAGUAUAUCUCUUUGGAUUCUGGUGUGGGAAAAUCAAAUGGAGUACAAAUAUGUAAUCUAAUGUAUUACAUAUCAAUCUGGUGCAAUUUUCUUAUUCCUAUAAAACAGGUCAAAAGAUUCUUUCAAAUCUUUUAUUACAUUUUUAGGUAAAAUGAAAAAUUCUUUCGAGACUGUCAAGAGGAGAAAUAUUUUACUGGAUGGUGACAGGAAGCGCCUGGGGUCGAGCCGAAGACAAUGUUCUUUUUUAAAACUGUGUUCAAAGUUAACUGAACGUUUGUGGUUUUGGAGUGACUAUGCUUUGUUUGAGUCGGCCUGGCAACAGGCAGACUGCCAACCCUAUAAAGUCUUUGUUCUGACUAUUGUAAGAUAGUUCAACGCUGAAUCCGCGCAGUGUUUUGGACUCCGCAUGUGUGUACAUUAAAAUGUCGUCUAAUUGCACCAGGCCGGAUCAGUGGUUAUUUUUGGAUUCCUCCUCAAUAUCUGAACCUUAACAAGACCUACAGUAUUUAGCAGCCAUUCACCAUACAGUAGCCAUAUUUAUAUUCAUACAGCAGAGUGAGAAGUCGUGGAGGGCGUUCUGGUCCGGUGGCCCCAAGAUCUCAUCUCUGCUUUAUUUGCAUGAGUUGAUCAAACAACAAGCUUGUCAGUGAGUGUGACAUAGCUGGAAUGAGAAUUAGCAGCUCAAAGUCUGAGGAUAGUCUGUGGCUUGUUUUCAGAUUCAAAUGUAUUCAAUUCAAUUCAAUUUUAUUUAUAUAGCGCCAAAUCACAACAAAAGUCGCCUCAAGGCGCUUUAUAUUGCAC